AUGCGUUACUCUAUCAUCGCUGCUGCUGCCUUCUCGGCUCUGGUUUCCGCCUCAAGCACUGCCAACCCUUUCAGCAACCCCAGCGGUGGCUAUGUCUUCACGGCCGGUGAUGCCACCACCCUGACCUGGGAUCCCACCACCAGCGGCACUGUUUCCCUGCGUCUCCAGUGGGGCUCCGUCACCACUGCUGAGUCUGGUGAUGCCAUUGCCUCCGACAUUGACAACAGCGGUUCCUACACCUGGGAUGUUCCCACUGACCUGGUCAAGGGCCGGGAGUACACCAUCGAGAUUCUGGAUGACAGUGACUCAUCUGACUACAACUUCCUGCCUUACUUCACCGUUGCUGGCGCUACCGCGACUGCCUCUGCCACCGCUACCUCGACCUCGAGCUCGGCUUCCACCACCAGCGAAGCUACCUCGACUUCCUCUGCUUCGUCUUCCACCACCAGCAGCACCAGCAGCAGCUCGUCGUCCACUUCCACCUCUUCGACCAGCACCAAGAGCGCUGCCACCACCAUGUCCACCGUGACCAGCACCUCGGCCUCCACCAAGUCCACUGCUUCCACUGCCAGCUCCACCUCCAGCUCCAGCUCCUCCAGCUCGGGCUCUGCCAGCUCCACUGCUUCCCAGACCUCCGUUCCCACCAACGCCGCUGGCAUGACCCGUGUCUCCGCUGGUAUGCUGGCCGUUGUUGCCGGUGCUGCUGCUCUCCUGUAA